UACGUAAAUAGAAAGGCACAUUUGCAUUUUCAAUUCUCUGCCAUGGGAGCUGUGUCAAUAUUGCCUUCAUUAAAAAGUUUGCCUCGGUUCCGAAUUUUAUGCCAUUAAUUUUACUUAGCCUUAAGUAUUCGGUUUUGUUAUGCUUUUUAUAUCUGAGGUAAUGUUAGCGAUCUCCUCAUGCAGGGAUUUUUCCCCAGGUAAAUAAUCAGAAAAGCUGAUUGUGUUCAAACGUUGUACUCACAACUCAUGUCGAAUAUCACGAAUGCAGAUGUACUUUUGAGGGCAAUGCACACAGACAAUGCAAAUUUCACGAGUGAAGAAACAUAACGAGUUUUUCCAGCGUGUUUUAUGUUAUUUCUUAAAAUUCAAAUGUACAUAGAACGUUACCAGAUUUUACAACAGCAUUACAUGCACGCUCGCCUGAAACUACAUCACAACACACAAUUAGUAUUGCGCAUGUACCAGUCACGUUCUUUUAAAACUGUUAAGUUGGUUGACAUGUUUUAAAAUAAAGUUCAGCUCUCUGAUAAAUCAUGUGCAAAAAAUUCAUCUUAUCCGCGAAGUUUAAAAGACAUCUUCAAAACUGAUUUCGAGGACAACUACCCUGCACAGCAUAGUACUGUGUUGGAUGAUUUCUCUACGAGAACGGUCAGGCUUUUAAUUAAGCGAGGAGUAACUUAAGAAUAUUGUCAAGCACGGAAGAAUUUCACUGUCUUUCAGUUGGAAUCAGGUAAAGCUGAUGAAAGGAAAUUUUGUCCCACCUCGCAGUUCAGCAAUUGGAGACGAAUGUUGUGAUACGUCGGAACAUUUCUCUAGAUGGCUAUUGAAGGUCCCUGAAACUCAGUGAUGACUGCUUCAGACAUUGAGGUAGAAUGUGAGAGUCUCGCCGGCAAUGGACAAGACGGUGAUACAACGUGCAGCGAAAGUGACAGUGAAAGGCCAAAAAAGAGAGCUUUCGAGGAGUCGCUGAUAAAGACCAUAAGGAAAGGCAACUUCCUUGAAAUCAGUGAGAAAAUCACACCAAAGGCAUUUACAAAAUGCGAGAAGAACGCUAUGCAGAUGUCAAUGCUGGUGAGUUACGAACUUCGCUCUUUGGCGGACAGGAGGUUACCAAACUUUGAAGAUGAGGAAAAAUUAGCGUCCUCUGUGGAGGAAUUCACUAACUGUCUGAUGAACCCCUUAAAAUCUGACAUAAAGUGCCGUUUACAGUUCAAGCAGUGCUUUGAUGAAGUCAUGGAAACUGCUAUUGAGCUUGGGCAAAAGAAGUUUUUCACCCAUCCAGUAAUUGAUAAUCUUAACAAUGACAAGUGGUAUGGUGAACUUGGUGAAAUGUGGACGCCAUCUUAUCUCAGCAUUGGACGGUGGAAAUGGAUGUUUCUUGACUUAUGGUGUUUGUUUGAUUUGGUCCUAUUUCCAAUUGUUUUCAUUGUCCUUUACCUUAUCCACCUUGGGAGGGCAAAGUGGAGUAACAGUACAGAACGAUGUAAAAUCGACCUUUAUGAGACGUAUCGAGAAUAUUUCACUACACCUUACUUCCUAUUUAUCCGUGACACGUUGAGUUAUCUGGCCUUACUUGGACUCCAUUUGUCCAUUUGUCUCAGUCCAACAAGCGUUGAAUUCAGCGAACAAGAGUGGGCUAUCCUGAUCUUCUUCGUGGGCCGAAUGGUGAUGGAAAUUAAGCAAUUCUGCGUAAUAAAGGUGCAAGUGGGACAAGGAAGUAAAGAUAAAAUUAAAAUCUUUGACUUGAAAGACGCCAACCAGGAAGAGAUUGACGACUUGCUCACAGAGCUAGAUGAACUCCAUCAUCAAAGUGAGAAGCAAAAGGAUAACAAAGUUGAAGUCAAGCGUGUAAAGAAGUGUGCUUCUCCUUGUAAGAACGUAGCGAUUAUUGCUUUAAAGAAAUUGAAGAAGUUUACCAGAGAUACCUGGAACUGUUUGGACCUUAUCACUAUGUUCGUCUACACCUGCACGUUUCUGCUGAGAAUGGUCACGUGGUCUUCAUCCAAAUCAGUGGUAAACAAUCGAUCCCUUGUCAUAGCUGGCUACUUGUAUGGCCUCAAUACUAUGAUCCUCACUUUCAGAGUAUUUGGUCAGGUGAUGGAGACAGUAAAAGGGCUUGGAACCAUUCAAAUCGCCUUGUUCAGUAUCAUCAGAGACAUUGCAACGAUAUUUUGGCAGUUUGUCGCGAUUGUCAUCGCCUUCUCGUUCGCAAUCACGAAAAUGUACAUGUCGGAGAAGUCGUUUAUCACAGAAAAAUAUGAUGGUAUCCCGGUGUGCAGUACGUCUGGACCAACCUGCUGGUGGACCGUGGUAAAACACCUCUGCUGGUCGUUGCUUGGAAUAGCGGAACUGGAGACGCUUGAAUCAGUUGACAGUGCGACGGUGACGCUUGCUCACUUGUUGUAUGGUAUUUUCCUGGUCGUGGGUGUCAUUCUUCUUGUUAACAUGAUGAUAGCUCUUUUAUCCAACACUUACCAGCGUGUGGAAGACAAUUCUUUAAUGGAAUGGAAGUUCAAGAAAGCCAUCACAAUCCAGACGUACAGCUCGUAUGAUCCAAUACCUGUGCCACUAAACCUUGUGUCCAGUCUUGUUAUGGGGGUUUGGUGGUUGUGGAAGAAAUGUAGAAGGUGCUGCAAAGGACAUCCAGACAUCCCGACUUCUGCUGUACGGCACACUAAAGAGCUGGAUGAAGUUAUUGAAAAGCUUCAAACUAGUUAUUUUGCAGCUUAUGGCUUUUCGUUUCCUCAAACAGAGGAAGGGAAGAUGGACCAGUUGUUUUUGGAAGCUGAGGGUAAUCGUCGAAUUGCCAAUCAAACUGCGCAGAGAGCAUUCCUGGCUCGCCAAGAUGUUCUAGCGACAGGCCAAAAGGCGUGGCAUAGCAUGGGUGUAAAGGUGAGGGACUGCCUUCUCCUGUACGAGGGAGUCAAAAGUUGUGAGGUUUGUGAGACUUCUCCACAAUCAACAGCAUCACUAUUGCAUCAUGGUGCCAGAUACGUUUUUCCGUUCUCCAAGGACUUCCCACACUUUGAGGUUCUAGUCCUAGAAACUGGUAGAAACAGGUUUCUCGAAGUCGGCGUGGUGCGAAAGGGAUACGAUUUUCAUUUGAGACCUGGAUGCUAUACUGGUAGCGUGGCCUAUCACGCGGAUGGAAAUAUUGUCGAUGGCGGAAAUGAAGACUUAACAACACGCAGAUUAAUUGAAGUUCCUGUGGUGAAUCGAGGUGAUCUGAUUGGUUGCAUUCUUAAGUUCGAAAUGGAAUCUAACGGCAAGGUACCAGUUGUAUUUUGUUUGAAUGGAGACCAGGUGACAGAUAAAGAGUUGCUGAUAGAGUGUGACAAAACAACAAAACAACUUUACCCUUACGUAGGGAUGGGUCAACACGGAGUUCAAGUGUUAGCCAAGAUGACUUCAGCUGGCAGUGAAGGGGUGGAGAUUCUUGGUCAGAUGGACGUCGUAUCGAGUAACGCUAAGAGCAAGCAGUCAUACGCUGCAGCAAGCGAUGGCAAGAUGGCGGUCAUCCACCGUGAUCUAAAAGACUCAACAGUGCAAUUUCGAAGACUGAGAGAUAAUAUCCUAGCCAAUUUUAGGGAAUUUGAAGAUUUGUUUAAUGAUACUCAAACAGAAUUCACAAGGCUGGCAGGUUUAGAUGUUAAAAAAGAAGGCGAAGACGUCCUGCGUAAGGUAGAUAGGGAAAGGUGUAGACAAACGCUCGCAUGCGCUAACCUGGUAAAGAAGAUAAAGGAAGACUUAGAUGUGCUUAGAGAAAUGACAAAGGACAAUUUGAAACUGAUAACCAAAGCAAUUACAGAGGCAAGGCAAAUGCAUGAAGAACAAUAAGGAAUUUUAAGUACAUACCGUGUUAAGAAGGCAAAGGCACCUUUUGAUAGAGUCCUCAUGCUUUCUUAUAUGUCUGUGGAGUGUUGCAAAUGAGUACUAGUUACUUGCUGAUAACCAGGCAAAAACAUUUUUUCUCUGUCCUACUAAAAACAUGACCGCAUCGCAAAUUAGUCCUAGUUAUUAAUCAUUUUUUCACAUUUCACUUGUCAGUCUUUUAAGAAUUCAAGACGAAUGACUUAUGAAAACAGACCAUAAAAUAAAAUUAGUGACUAAACUAA